CUCCUUCCCUUUCAAUCCCUUGUUUAAAUAGCUUCCCCUCUAAUGGCUUGUGCCCUGGAAGCAGCACCUCCAGGCUCUAGCCAGAAGCACUCUCCCCAACAUGAGAGCCACAGCCCUCCGAGUGCCCAGGGCAGCCAGCCUCCUGCUUCUGUUCUCUUUCCGGCUGGACCUCGGUGUGGAACCCAAGGAGCUAAGAUUUGUGACAUUGGUGUUCAGGCAUGGAGACCGAAGUCCCAUUGAAACCUUUCCUAAGGACCCUAUUAAGGAAUCCUCAUGGCCACAAGGAUUUGGACAACUCACUCAGCUGGGCAUGGAGCAACAUUAUGAACUUGGAGAAUAUAUCAGGAAACGAUAUGAAAAAUUCUUGAACGAGUCCUAUAAACAUGAACAGGUUUAUGUUCGAAGCACAGAUGUUGACCGAACGUUGAUGAGUGCAAUGACAAACCUUGCAGGCCUAUUUCCUCCAGAAGGCAUCAGCAUCUGGAACCCCAACCUACUUUGGCAGCCCAUCCCAGUGCACACAGUCCCUCUUUCUGAAGAUCAGUUGCUAUACCUGCCAUUCAGGAACUGCCCUCGUUUUCAAGAACUUGAGAGUGAGACUUUGAAAUCGGAGGAAUUCCAGAAGAGGCUGCAUCCUUAUAAGGAUUUUAUAGAAAACUUGCCCAAACUAACAGGAUACCAUGGCCAGAACCUUUUUGGAAUUUGGAGUAAUGUCUACGACCCUUUAUUUUGUGAGCUUGUUCACAAUUUCACUUUACCCUCCUGGGCCACAAAGGAUGCCAUGACUAAAUUGAAAGAAAUAUCAGAAUUGUCUCUCCUGUCCCUCUAUGGAAUUCACAAGCAGAAAGAGAAAUCUAGACUGCAGGGGGGUGUCCUGGUCAAGGACAUCCUCAGUCAUAUGAAGAAUGCGACUCAACCAUCAAACCGCAGAAAGCUCAUCAUGUAUUCUGCACAUGACACUACCGUGAGUGCCCUACAGAUGGCGCUAGACGUUUACAACGGAAUCCUUCCUCCCUAUGCAUCCUGCCACUUAAUGGAACUGUACUUCGAGAAGGGGGAAUACUUUGUAGAGAUGUACUAUCGGAAUGAGACUUGGCAUGAACCACAUCCCCUCACGCUACCAGGAUGCACCCCCAGCUGCCCUCUGAAGAAGUUUGCUGAGCUGGUUGCCCCUGUGAUCCCCCAAGACUGGUCCGCAGAGUGUGCCACGAGCAACCAUGAAGUUCUAAAGAUCAUCCUUGCCGUUGUCUUUUGCCUGGUGUCUGGUAUCCUAAUGGUGCUGCUGUUUACCCUCAUCCGCCACGGGCCCUGCUGGCAGAGAGACUCCUAUGGGAACAUUUAAACAGAGGACUCAAUAAGGACAGACACACUAGGCUCCCUCCCUGGGAUGCAGCAUUUUUCAGUGAUGCAGUAUUCAAUGGACAGGCUUUUGCCUUGUGGACAUCACCCUGCCUUUUGAGCCUGCCUAGAGCAGGGUCAAAACUCGCCGUGACCCAGGGACAGCCGCCGGAUUGACUUAUGAACACCCAGGGUACUUAGGUCUCCUCAUUGUUGAACUCAUCCUGGUGAAGGCCUCUUGUUCAGCUAUAGAAGGAAGCUCUUCUGCAAAGGAUAGUUGUAGUCUCUGGCACAGCUGUCCAGAGAAAAAUAAGUCAAACUCCAAUAAGGCUUUUGCCUUCAAAGAAUCAAAAAGUUAUAAGGGGUGACAGAAACAUAAAUUAAAGAAGGCUGGGUAAUAGGAAAAAUUAGACUAGAAAUAGUACAAUAUAGGAUGAUUCUUAAGAAAUAGGACUCAAUCAGAAGGUAGAAAUAAAUCUCUUCUUUAACUCUUAAGUAGGUUUAGUGCAAACACGCACACUCCUAGAAAGAAACUCCCACCCAGUGUCUGACAACUAACAGGUUUCUGUGUGUGUGUCUGGCUACUCACACACUUACAUACACAUAUCUACAUUACAAGUGGCUUAGGAAGAGGUAUUUUUCAGAAACUCUAGUAUCAACUACUUUAGCUGUUGAUAAUGUAGCUCAGAUUAUUUUCCCCACUAUUUGUAGGAUGGGGAAUAACAAGAAAGUUUAUGUAGCCAUGGUCCUUUUUUUUUUUUAACCUCCACUGUUAGACCUGGCUAUUUUUUAUAGUUUUGAUUUCAUUAUUUCAUUUUGAAAGAAAGAGAUUUUUACUUUGAUAAGGGCUAUUCAUGGUUAUGAUGAAAUAAUAAUGUAUUUUAAUUACUACAAAUAGAUCAGAAUUUCUCAAAUGGUGAGGCUGAAAGCAAAAUGCACUGAAGGAUGCAGUGACUCUGCACUGGCUUUAAGCCGACAACUUGGAAUAAGUUAUUUUAAACCGUAAACAUUGGUUUUGUAAUCAAAAAAUGAACAGUCUAAACUAGAUGAACAUAAAAGUCACUUCCAGCUCUCAAGUUCCAUAAACAAUUUUUUUUUUUCAUUUCAUACUGUGGAUCGGUUGUUGCCCAAACAAGCACUUUCAUGAAUGGUACUAAGCCUGAAAUUUAUUCUAAAGAAUUUUAUUCUGUGCUGAGCCUCCAACCCUCUGGUUGGUGGGAAAUUCAGUCUCAUUCAUUGGCAGGAUUCUUCACCUCCAUACUACUAAAGGUCCCAGAAUGUACCCGGUGGGACAGAAACACCAGCCCCCAAUCCCACUGCAUCUCUUAGUCUUAAGAAUAUUUCCCUCACCUUGGAUCCUACAACUUCUACCAAUUAAAAUUCAAGCACUUAUCUCUAUAGCUCUCUCUUUCUGCAUAAUUCUCACCAAGCCAAAACCAUUGCAAACAAAGUCUACGAAACUGUAUUCUCUUGCCUGGGUAACAGUGCUUCUUCCUGCCUCAAUGCAAAAGGCAUGUAGGCAAAGAAAUGCAAAAUCUGGUUACAGUAUCAGAGAAAGGGAAAGAGUGGCAGUAAGAACAAAAGACAAAUUACUGCUACCAUUAAGUAACCAGUUAUAUCAGUAAGGAAGUCCCAAUAUCUUAUGCUAAUAAGUGAUAAAACUUUAUGGAGUUCCCAUCGUGACUCAGCAGUAGCAGACCCAACUAGUAUCCAUGAGGAUGUGGGUUCGAUCCCUGGCCUUGCUCAGUGAAUUAACGAUCCAGUGUUGCCUC